GCCGCGGGGCGGGGAGCGCGGCGGGGCCGGGAUGUGGCGGGCGCUGCGGGGGCUGCGGGGCGGCGGGCGGAGAUGGCAGCACCGCUCGGCCAUCGAGGUGACCAACGAGCCGAUCCUCGAGUUUAAGCCGGGGAGCCCUGAGCGAGCAGCGCUUCAGAAGGCGCUCGCCGACCUGAAGGGCAAGACAGAGGCCAUCCCCUGCGUGGUCGGGGGAGAGGAGGUGUGGACGCCGACGGUGCGGUACCAGCUGUCGCCUUUUAACCAUGCGCACAAGGUGGCCAAGUACUGCUACGCCGACAAGGAGCUCAUUAACAAAGCCAUUAAUGCCGCCUUGGCAGCGAGGAAGGAAUGGGACCUGAAACCUGUCCAGGACCGGGCGCAGAUCUUCCUGAAGGCGGCUGACAUGCUGAGCGGCCCCAGGCGAGCAGAGGUGCUGGCCAAAACCAUGGUUGGGCAGGGGAAAACAGUCAUCCAGGCGGAAAUCGAUGCUGCGGCGGAGCUGAUAGACUUCUUCCGAUUCAAUGCCAAGUACGCCCUGGAGCUGGAGCGCAGCCAGCCCCUCAGCGUGGACAUCAGCACCAACAGCAUGGUCUACCGGGGGCUGGAGGGUUUCGUGGCAGCCGUCUCUCCCUUCAACUUCACGGCCAUCGGCGGCAACCUGGCAGGGGCUCCGGCGUUGAUGGGAAACGUGGUGCUGUGGAAGCCCAGCGACACUGCCCUGCUCUCCAGCUACGCCGUCUACAAGAUCCUCCUCGAAGCCGGGCUCCCUCCGAACGUUGUGCAGUUCGUGCCGGCCGAUGGGCCUGUGUUUGGAGACACCGUCACGAGCUCCGAGCACUUCUGCGGGCUCAAUUUCACCGGCAGCGUCCCGACUUUCAAGCGGCUCUGGAAGCAGGUAUCCGAAAACCUGGAUCGCUACCGCAAUUUCCCACGCCUGGCUGGAGAGUGCGGCGGAAAGAACUUCCACCUGGUGCACAGCUCGGCCGACGUGGCCAGCGUGGUGAACGGGACCCUGCGCUCGGCCUUCGAGUACGGCGGCCAAAAAUGCUCGGCUUGCUCCCGCCUCUACGCCCCGGACUCGCUGUGGCCCCAGAUCAAAGAGAAACUGCUGGAGGAGCACGGGAAGAUCAAAGUGGGAGACCCUGCCCAGGACUUCGGGACGUUUUUCUCUGCAGUGAUUGAUGACAAGUCUUUCGCCCGGAUAAAGAAAUGGAUCGAGCACGCCAAGAAGUCGUCCAACCUCACCAUCCUGGCCGGCGGCGGCUGCGACGACAGCGUGGGCUACUUCGUGGAGCCCUGCAUCGUGGAGAGCAAAGACCCGCGGGAUCCCAUCAUGAAAGAGGAAAUUUUUGGCCCCAUCCUCACGGUGUACGUCUACCCGGAGAAGCGGUACAAGGAGGUGGUGGAGCUCAUCGACACCACGACGCCCUACGGCCUCACGGGGGCAGUCUUCGCCCAGGAGAAGAGGAUCAUCGACGAAGCCAGGAACCUUCUGCGCAACGCGGCCGGCAAUUUCUACAUCAACGAUAAGUCGACGGGCGCCGUGGUGGCUCAGCAGCCCUUCGGAGGCUCCCGCAUCUCAGGCACCAACGACAAACCUGGUGGCCCCCACUACAUCCUGCGCUGGACGUCACCCCAGGCCAUCAAAGAAACGCACGUGCCCCUGAGGGACUGGCGCUACGCCUACAUGCAGUGACGCCUUCUCCCGGCCCCGCGCCCGUACUACUGAUCCUCAACGCACAGAGUGGCUUCGCAGCUACAACCUUAAAACAAAACAAAACACGCAAAAAAAAGAGCACUUAAAUCUACUGAUCUUUUAACCCGACGAGCUUAGGUUUUAUUUUUAAAGAAAAAAAAUUCUAUUAUUAAAUUGUUAACUUGAAAAAGAA